AAUCCCCACAAUGCUCUGCACCAUCCGGCUCCUUUGCCAAGAGGCCGCUGGUUGCAGUGCGUCAUGGGAGUUGUAGUCAAGACUGGCCCGGAUGGGAGGGGCAUGGAGUCGGGGGAACCAGGGGCUUGAAGUGGGGACGCCAGCCCAGCCCUGUGCGCCCACAGAUGGAUUCGCCCUGGGCCGGGCCCCUCUGGCUCCUCCCUACGCCGUGGUCCUCAUUUCCUGCUCCGGUCUGCUGGCCUUCAUCUUCCUCCUCCUCACCUGUCUGUGCUGCAAACGGGGCGAUGUCGGCUUUAAGGAGUUUGAGAACCCCGAAGGGGAGGAUUGCUCCGGGGAGUACACUCCCCCGGCCGAGGAGACCUCCUCCUCACAGUCGCUGCCUGAUGUCUACAUCCUCCCGCUGGCCGAGGUCUCCCUGCCGAUGCCUGCGCCGCAGCCUUCACAUUCAGACAUGACCACUCCCCUGGGCCUUAGCCGCCAGCACCUCAGCUACCUACAAGAGAUUGGGAGCGGCUGGUUUGGGAAGGUGAUCCUGGGAGAGGUGUUCUCAGACUACACGCCAGCCCAGGUGGUGGUGAAGGAGCUCCGGGCCAGCGCCGGGCCGCUGGAGCAGCGCAAGUUCAUCUCGGAGGCACAGCCCUACAGGAGCCUGCAGCACCCCAAUGUCCUGCAGUGCCUGGGCGUCUGCGUGGAGACCUUGCCUUUCCUGCUGAUCAUGGAGUUCUGUCAGCUGGGGGACCUGAAGCGCUACCUCCGGGCCCAGCGGCCCCCAGAGGGCCUGUCCCCUGAGCUCCCGUCCCUGGGGGUGACGCUGUGGGAGCUGUUCGAGUUUGGGGCGCAACCCUACCGCCACCUGUCCGAUGAGGAGGUCCUUGCCUUCGUGGUCCGCCAGCAGCAUGUCAAGCUGGCCCGGCCCAGGCUCAAGCUGCCCUACGGGGACUACUGGUACGACAUCCUGCAGUCCUCGCUGCCGGGGGCCCGGGAGAAGCCAACCUUCGUCGUUCAAGUGAGCACGGAGCAGCUGCUGAUGUCCCUGCGGGAGGACGUGACGCGGAACGUCCUGGGGGAGAAGGCGACAGCGGCCCGGGACUCGGGGCCCCGGAGAGCAGGGAGAGGCCCCGGGAGCCAGGAGAGAGCCCCGGGCCCGAGCGGGGACCCCACAGCCCCGGGCAGCGGGAAGAAAGCCUCAAGCCCGAACGAGGAGCCGAGCCUCCCCGUGAACGGGGUGACAGUGUUGGAGAACGGGGGGCAGGCAGCCCCAGGCAUCCAGGAGAAGGUGGCAGAGAAUGGGGGCCCGGAGUUCCCGGAGAGAGAAGAGACAGUGCUGGAGAAUGGGGAGCUGACGCCCCCAAGGAGGGAGGAGACGGUGCUGGAGAAUGGGGAGCUGAGGUCCCCGGAGAGAGAAGAGACAGUGUUGGUGAAUGGGGGGCCGACACCCCCAAAGAUGGAGGAGACGGUGUCAGAGAAUGGGGGCCCGAGACUCCCCAGGAACACCGAGAGGCUGCCAGAGACUGGGCCCUGGAGAGCCCCAGGGCCCUGGGAGAAGAAGCCCGAGAGUGGGGGGCCAGCCCCCACGAUAGGGGAGCCAGCCCCAGAGACGCUGCUGGCGAGAGCCCCCGCCCCCGGCACAGUGGCCUUGCCCCAGAACGGCGGGGAGACAGCCCCUGGCCCCCCUGGCCCAGCCCCCAGGAGCGUGGAGCUGGAACUGGGGACCAAGAGGAACAGCAGGGCCGGAGGAGACCCGGCACCCAGCGGAGACGGGGACCCCCCCAAGCCCGAGAGGAAGGGUCCCGAGAUGCCACGGCUGUUCUUGGACUUGGGACCCCCUCAGGGGAACAGCGAGCAGAUCAAAGCCAAGCUCUCCCGGCUCUCGCUGGCGCUGCCUGGAAUACCUGCAUCUGGGAGAGACCAGGGAGAAAGUGUUGAGAGGGGCGCGGGGGCCUGGGCUAUGGGGGCGGAGCCUCGUGCGUUUGGGGCGGGGCUUGCGCACCAGCCCAGGGUGAGGCUAAGGGGCUGGCUCGGGAUGGAUCUUACCCGCGAGGAGCGAGUCCUGGAGAGGCUGCGGGAGACGCCAACCAACGAGCUGAGCGUCCAGGGCCCCCCCGAGGGGGACACGGACCCGUCUACGCCGCCAGCGCCCCCGACGCCGUCUGAGGGUCUGACCUCGUCCUCCGCUCUCCCCCUGCACCCCCUUCCGCCAGGAGGCAGUUUCGAGUGGGCGGAGGAUUUCCCCCUCCUCCCCCCGCCAGGGCCCCCCCUGUGCUUCUCCCGCUUCUCCGUCUCGCCUGCGCUGGAGACCCCGGGGCCCCCCACCCGGGCCCCCGACGCCAGGCCCGCAGGCCCUGUGGAGAACUGACCCCCCAAAGACCCGAACCCCCUGUGCCCCCAGAAGAGGGGUUGAGAAUAGAAUCUUCUGUGGACGACGGAGCCACUGCCACCACCUCAGACACCGCCUCUGGGGAGGCCCCUGAGGCUGGGCCCUCCCCCUCCCCCACCAUGUGCCAAACGGGAGGCCCCGGCCCCCUGCCCCUCAGCCCCCCGGACGGCUCCCCCGAUCCCCCCGACCCCCUCGGUGCCAAAUGAGGCAGGAAGCCCCUCCCCCUCCCCGGAGAGCCACCUUCUUGGAACUGAACUGGACUUUUUCGGGCCCGGAGCCCCUGGGCACAGCGGAGGCCCCUCCUCACCCUCUCCCGCCUCAGACGGGGCCGCAGGCUUCGGGGGACCUGGACUCCCCCAUCUCGCGAUCCCCCUUCCCCGCCCCAGCCUGGCCCCUGGAGGGGCUUCUGGUUCAAACCUUCGCGUGGCAUUUUCACAUUAUUUAAAAAAGACAAAAACAACUUUUUGGAGGAA